AUGGCCCAAGAUCUUGAGAGCAUCUUCCAGGAACUGGGCAUUUCCCAGUAUCUCGACAUCUUUCUGGAGCAAGGAUUUGACACGUGGGAUACGAUUUUGGACAUCACAGAGUCCGACCUUGACGCACUUGGUGUCAAGUUGGGCCACAGACGUAAAUUGCAGAGGCGCAUAGCCAACUCUAGGGGCCACGCUCCCGAUGUGUCCCUAGUAUCGCCGACGAGAGCCAGCGUGGAAGAGCCCAAGACGGAGACGCAACGACCCGAUCCACCGCGACCCGAGACCAAAGAGGGACCAGUUCAAGCUAAGCGCAAAUACCGACGUCACCCGAAGCCGGACGAGAAUGCGCCAGAACGCCCUCCUUCUGCCUAUGUACUAUUUUCCAACAAAAUGCGCGACGAGUUGAAAGGCCGCAAUUUGACAUUCACUGAAAUAGCCAAACUGGUUGGUGAACAUUGGCAGAACCUGACUCCCGCAGAAAAGGAGCCGUAUGAGACCUCGGCUCUGAAAGCAAAGGAGAAGUAUAACCAUGAUUUGGCCGAGUACAAGAAAACUCCGGAGUUCAGAAAGUACACGGCAUACCUUGCAGACUUCAAGGCCAGGCAAGCCAGCGCCAAUCAAGCCAAAGAAUCGUCCAAACGUCAGAAGCUCGACUCUGGGGUUCGCCUAACAAAUGGCAGUGCAAGCGCAACGCCAGGAAGUUUGAGUAGCACUGGCAGCGGAACCGAGAGUCAACCAGGAAGUGAACCGCCUCCAAAUAGAAAGCAGCGUGUAGGCUCUGUCAUCUCCUUAUCCGAGUCACAAUAUUCGACAGCCGUCCCUACGCCUGUCUCGCAGCAUCAUCAACCAGCAGAUGAGGCGGUGCACUCACCUACCAGCACUCAAUUCGAUCGCGAGAGCCUGCACUCGACAAGUCCUCGCACAACCCAUAGCCGGAGUCGUCGCCCAACAUGGACCGACACACAAUCCAACCCCGAGGCUGUCCCGACUCAAGUGCUCCCCUCAAUCUCUUCAUUCUCGGGUGUGUUGCCAUCGUUGAAUGGUGCUUCAAGGUCGCCAGAGAUGAUGAAUGGUUUUGGUUAUGCACCCCCGAGACAUCCCACCUCACUCCCACCUCCACUUCCUUCUGCAGGAAGUACUGCUUCCUCCGGUUCUGCACCAUCAUAUCCUCAGACGCCUAGCCAUAACCCCCUCCCGAUCCAUGCUCUGUGCAGCAAUGAGGGCAAGAAUUCCCCAGUUUCUCAACCUCCUCGGGCAGCUGUAUUCGAAGUGCAACCACCACCCUACCAAGCUGGGCCACCUCCUCCACUUCAAGAACAAAAAUCGAUGUUCCCCCAUAUGCCCACAGCUGUCCAAAACGGUCGGAAUGGAUACCAUUCGCCACCGCAACUAUUGCGUUUCCAGUCUAGUUCAUCCUCAUCGGGUACCGAGGGGUCGAUAGCAUCCUCGCAUGCACCCUCACAUGCCUCCUCGCAGACCUCACUUGGGGCCCAAGAGAGAGGCACUCCGAAGCUCGAUGGGUUGAACCAGCUGUCGCGCGCAGCUGAGUUGUUGAAUAACAGACGUUGA